GGGGGCGCGGGGGCGGAGCGUGCCGCCGACAGAGGGCGGGGCCCUGGCGGGGACUUCCCCCGGGCUGAGCUGCGCAGCGGGGCUUUGGCCAAAUUGGGCGAGGGCACAAAAUAACCACUUACCCCUUCUCACCGAGGAAGAACGGGAGAAAGGAGAAGUAUUGUGGUCUGCACAAAUGGGUUGUGACAACACAGAAGAGUAAUAGUUUGAGACAUGUCUGGUAUGUAUGACUGCAGGUAUGGCACAGUCACAAGGCUGGGUGACAAGAUACUUCAAAGCCUUUUGUAAAGGCUUUUUUGUGGCGGUGCCUGUGGCAGUGACUUUCCUGGAUCGGGUCGCCUGUGUGGCAAGAGUGGAAGGAGCAUCAAUGCAGCCUUCUUUGAAUCCUGGGGGGAGCCAGUCAUCUGAUGUGGUGCUUUUGAAUCACUGGAAAGUGAGGAAUUUUGAAGUACAACGUGGUGACAUUGUGUCAUUGGUGUCCCCUAAAAACCCAGAACAGAAGAUCAUUAAGAGAGUGAUUGCUCUUGAAGGAGAUAUUGUAAAAGCCUGUCUAGCUUCUGAUUUCAGUAGGAGAUUGGGAAGAGCAAUAAAUUUGGAAAACCAUUUGCUGUCCAUCGAUGAAUAUGCAAAAUGUGCUUUUAAUAUUUGGAAAACAGUUUGUGUGGAUAUGAUGCAAAUCCCAUUCAAAGAAUGAAUCAGCAAACUUGAAAGCAUUAUAUUAAAUGAAAGAAGCCAGUCACAAAAGACAGCAUAUCAUAUGAUUAUAUUUAUAUGAAAUGUCCAGAAUUAGGCAAAUUCAAAAAGACAGAAAAUAGAUAAUUGUUUCCAGGGGCAUAGAGGAGGGGAGAUGGGAGAUUCUGUUAAUAGGUACAAUGGGUACGGUGCGUUUUUUUAGGGGAUGUGAAAACAUUCCAAAAUAGAUUGUGGUGAUAGUUGCACAACUCUGUGAAUAUGUGGUCAUGCAUGGGUUAACCACAGGGAUACGUUCUGAGAAAUGCGUCAUUAGGUGAUUUCGUGGUUGUGUGAACAUCGUAGAGUGUACUUCACAAGCCUCGAUGGUAUAGUCUACUACACACCAGGCUGUAUGGUGUGAAUCUUAUGGGACCAGUGUCUAAGGAAUGUCUUAUGGGCAUCACUGUUGUUUACUGAAACGUUGUUAUGUGGCACAUGACUGUACUAAAAAUAAUGAGUUGUAUGAUUUAAAUGAGUAAAUUAUAUGUUAUAUGAAUUACAUCUCAAUAAAGCUAUUUAAGAAAACAAAAGAAUCAGUCAACAAAGCUGGCAAAAAUUUCAUCUUAUAGGAUUAAGAAUGCCAAGGGAUCCAUGUUACAUUAUAAUCCAAAGAGAACACAGCUUUAAUCCAGACAUAUCAUUAUUGGUCACUAGCUGAACAGUCAACAAUGUGACGUUGCAAAGCUUAGUCAGACAUAAAAAACUGUGCCAUCGGAAAUCCUACAACAAGAUUUCUCUGAGAAAAAGGCUGGGUUGUUUCUUUCUUCAGUAAACGUAAAUGUUAGGUUCACAGAGCAGAGGCUUAGCUAGAAUGAGGGUUAUUGGUCCAGGGUUGGGAGUGAGGGAAAAGCAGAUGGAGACAUAGUAAUUUACACCUUCUUUGCUGUGACCCACAUGUGUAAAGUCUAGCUUCUUUGUUCUAAUCCUGCAAAUUGAGACUUUGGACAUAUGUCCCUCUGUAUCCCCCUUCACUACAGCUCUAUCAUGGAGCAAUGAAUAACAUAAAGAAUGGAAGUAGCAAGACUUUCCUAUUAUAUGGCUUCUAAAAACUAUUUGAUAAUUGAUUAGGAAAAAAAAAACUUUUUUGCACUUGGUGUUUUAAAGAAAACUAAAAAUGUCAUUCCUCUGAAACUUUGGUUCCUAAAGAUCCUAGCCUUCCUGGGCUUUAAAUUAAUAAUUGAAUAUAUUCCUAUAAUAAUUUUCUAAAAGUAUUAAAAACAUUAAGUGACAUUUAAGGGAUAA